AUAAUUUCCAAUCUUUCAAUCCGUCCGAUGUCCCAACUGUAAUUGCACGUAGCACUUUGCACACGCUCCAGUUUAUCAAACUAACCGUUAUUCAUCAUUCCAUCGUCUAAUAUGAAUCAUCGCUGAGAACUGUAUACUAAUCAUGGCAAUCCGGGAGGACGUUGUAGCCUCUGCGAUAUCUUUCUUGCAAGAUCCAAACGUAGCAUCGUCGCCCACAGAGAACAAAUUAUCCUUUCUGCGAUCAAAACAUUUGACACAAGAAGAAAUUGACGUAGCAUUUGCACGAAGUGGCUCACCGUCCGACUCUUAUUCAAACUCAACACCACCACCGCGAUAUACCCCAGCCCCGGCUCAACGUCAACCACAAUAUGGCCAAUAUCAAACUCAACCUUACGGAUGGGAAGCCCCUCCGCCAGAGCCCCCUAAGAGGGACUGGCGAGAUUGGUUCAUAAUGGCUACCGUAGUAGGCGGAGUCAGUUAUGGUUUAUACUUCAUGAGCAAGCGCUACAUAUACCCUCUUGUCUCACCGCCAACACCAGAAAAGCUAGAGCAGGAUAAGACGAAUGUUGAUGAGCAGUUCGAAAAGGCCUUCGCAACAUUAGAGCAACUAGCGAAAGACACAGACGAGCUAAAGGCUUCGGAGAAAGAACGAACCGAAAAGCUUGAUAAGGUUCUUGACGAACUAGACACAUUCAUGCGAGAUACAAAGUCUGCUAGCAGACGGCAUGAAGACGAGACGGAGAGGUUACGGGAGGAGAUGAAGGGCCUCAAGAGCAUUAUUCCUAAGUCCAUCGCGGCCAACAAGGAUUUCACGGAUAACAGAUUGAAGGAUAUCACCAACGAGGUCAAGAGUCUCAAGUCACUUAUCAGCCAGCGAAUGAACAACUCAGCCCCUACCCCUACACCCUCUCUUAGCAUCAACCGCGCAACACCGCCAGUACCAGCUAUUAGCACUAAUGGCUUCCUACUACCCGCUGGUGGCAACAUUGCUAUGCCGAGCGGCCCCUCGACCCCGGGCAUCGACUUCAUGGCUAAGGAGAUCGGUGAUGCGAAGCAAGCAUUACGCGAGGAGAAGGAAAACUCAUCUCCCCCGAGUGGCGCUAGCACGAGCAGCAGCCGACAUGAUUACUUAUCGGCGCUGGGCGACCGCAACAGCCCGUUCGGUACUGGAUCUCCCGCCACACCCAAGGCGUCGAUCCCGGCAUGGCAGAUGGCGGCGAGUGGAAAGGGAGAUGGGCAAGGAGAGGCCGGGAGCAGUUCUUAGCUUUUAAGCACUUGAGUUAUUAAUAAGUAUGCAUUAGUUGAAUCAAUCGGCGUUCUUUUGACAGGGAGUUAUCUUUUGUAAAAGGAAAGGUGGCCUAGGGCAUGCUACAUUCGAAGGCCAACUCCAUUCGACGUGACGGGCAGGGGAGCGAUGGGCGAGAGGAGGAGCGGGGAGGAGGGUAACGUAUGUACGUUUAGGACCGGUAUAAAUGAGCCUAAUAACAUAACUCAAUAAAGAGGCUUAAUAGCGUUCGUUUGACUUUGCAUCCUUGGGCUCGGUACUAUAAGUAAAUACACGUUGACU